UCUGCUUGUGGCAGAAACAGCCGACAACAGCAGACGAUAGGAAGCGGCGGGCGGGAGGAAGUCUGCACGUGUGUAAGCGAUCAGUUGUGUCGUAGUGUAUGAACACCGAUACGAUCUGCCCUAUGCUGCGUUACACGAAGACAGAUUAGAAAAUGUCCAGCUCUAAUGUUUUAUCAGCGAUGUUACAGCAUGACUGCUGUUAUAUACGGUAGUUUAUAGAUGACAUGCUGUUUUAAAACGCAACUUGAUGUCAUGGAAUCGGAUUACUCUGUUUGAGGACAGUUGCUUCCCAGACAUAAAAAAAUGUUCCGAUAUGAUGAAUAGAGAUGCGGAAUAUUCUGAAGUGGAGAAGUGAAAGAAGAGGAAGAUGUGCCUGCCUGCUCGAUGAACGCGAAGCAGGAGGAAGAUGAUGGACAUUAAUCGUAGGCUUUAUCAUGUGCACACUGGAUAUUAUUGUGCUCGUCAUGACGGCGAUGAAUUGACGCACCCCUGCUGGGCUGUCCCGUAACGUACGUCUACACCUGUGGAGUACCUCUGUAGUAAGUUAGUGUUGCGUGUACAUACAUACCUCUAGUGUCAGCGACCACACCAUCCGCCAUGCGGACUCUGAGGUGGACGAAGACUGUCACAUAUUUUCUUAUUGUGGCGGUCACCAAUUUUGUGUGUUUGUAUUCAGGAUGGCUGCUGAGAGCAAACUCUAUUCAAUUGAUCGAGAAGGCAUCAUCAACUAACUUGCAUCUGCCAGAGCAUUCUUCUAAAAAGAAUGCACAUGCUCACCAGGAAGGGCCAUACGUCAUUCCACAUUCCUCAGGACAGAUUCCAAUGUUCUCGCAUUCCUUACAUAUACCUCUUGUUAAUGAUACAAAACGUUUUCAUGGUAACAGAAACUUACUGCUUAAAAGAGAGAAAAUAUUAAGGCUGUUACAGGCAUUUCGACCAACGGUGACCUUGAAGGAAUCUCGACUUCUUUCCUCCAUCAUCCAUCGCUUCGUUAGUGUGAUGUAUAACAACGAUAUUACCUAUUUCAUGUACGGAGGAACGCUUCUUGGUUCUUAUCGUCACCAUGACGUCAUACCUUGGGAUGAUGACGCAGAUUUCAUUGUUUCAAGGCGUGAGAGGCAGCUGGUAUAUAAACUUCUGAGCCAACUAAAACCACAUUAUUUUCUGGACGUGAAACAAAAGACAAGAUGGAAAUUCUAUUCCGUGUUGUCCAGGCCCAUCAGGGGCUACACCUGGGACUGGCCAUUUCUGGAUAUAAGUUUUUUCGAGGAAAAUUCCACUCAUAUUUGGGAUGGAGAUCCUGUUUAUUCAGACACAUUCGUGUAUGACAAAGACAUCAUAUUCCCCUUGAAAAUGCGCCCAUUCGCAGAUAUGACAAUACCUGCACCGCGGGAUAUAGAAUCUUUUUUAUACCAAAACUACAAUCCAGAUACGUGUGAAUCUAAUAUUUAUGACCAUAGACGAGAAAAUUCAGUUCCGUCAUUAUUUAGGAAAUCAGUGCCAUGUUCGCUUCUGAUGGACAAGUUUCCUUUUGUAUCCAGGACUAUAGUGCGUCAAGGUGUUAACGAGACUCUUCGAGUUAACGGCCGCAUUCUAAGCUGGUUUUUAGACGAAAAGGAGGAAGUUUAAUCGAGUCGUCAUCAUUCGCUGUCUCAUAUCAUUGAACAACAGUGGAAAUGUGUAUAUGUGAUAGUCAGCGAGUGUUUGUUUCAUCCAACCUUGACUUAUUGCCAAUAGACCAGGACUGUUAACGUACAAUGAAAACUCGACAUUGCAGACUUUCCAUUUGUUAUAACAUUAUCAUGUCAAACUGAAGUGCCUGUUUAUUCCCACAAGCAUUUAUGCCAUUCCUCUGAUAUUCUGCCAACAGGAAGAACAAGCACUUGUGGCCCGUGUGUUCGCAACAAGAACGUUUAAAGGAUCGACCUAGAGUUAAUCGGGGUGAACCGUUCAGUGGAUUACUUGUUGAGUGUAUCGGAUCGCGAUGUGAAGGAGCGUCAACACUUAUUACAUAUCAAAGGAACAGAGUGACAAAGGUCAUCGGUAAAUAUUGACUAGCAAGCUGGGACAACGGGAUUGAGUUACGUCCGUAUGUGAAACUGUUCUUAUCUUCAGACCCCUGCUUCAUGGUCGCUUCGGAGAUGGUUGUGAGAAUUGAACAUCUGACGUUAUCUGCAAGAUAAAUGCUUUUAACGGG